UCAAAAUAUAUCCCAAACAAAUGAUGAAGAACCAUAAGGUCGUAUUGUUAACUCUAUCCCUUUCCAUUCUCAUUUUCAGUCCUCCUUCCCAAGCAAAACAAACUCAACACAUCUCAGAUGUCCUUACAAUUGACAACCUCCUCAACAACACCUCUGAAUGGUUGAACCUCUAUAGAAAACCCCAUGAAACACAGCUCGAGUUGUCUACACCAGUUGUGGUGGCAGGAGUCCUAUGCUUCAUAGCUGCCUCUAUAUCCAGUGCUGGUGGAAUUGGCGGUGGUGGGUUGUUCAUACCAAUACUGACCUUAGUGGCACGUCUGGACCUCAGAACAGCCUCUAGUCUCUCAGCUUUCAUGGUCACCGGGGGUUCGGUCGCGAAUGUCAUGUACAACUUGUGCAUCAAAGGUAGCACAAAAUUUGGUGGCAAGUCUCUGAUUGAUUAUGACAUAGCACUUUUAUCAGAGCCAUGCAUGUUACUAGGAGUGAGUCUAGGAGUGAUUUGCAACCUUGUGUUCCCAGAGUGGCUGAUCACCAUACUCUUUGCACUCUUUCUUGCUUGGACUACCUCAAUGAGUGGUAGAAAUGGGAUGGCGCACUGGAAAAUAGAGUCACGAGAGCUAGAGAUGAGGAAUGGUUGUGAGACACUGGAAAAUGGGGUCACGAAAGACGAGGGAGGCGAUGAAACAGAAGAGAACAUAGGUGGUACAGAACCGCUUUUAGGUGUAGAUACACAAGAGAGCUGCAUGCUAAGAUUUCCAUGGAUGAAAAUGGGGAUCUUGGUUCUGGUUUGGUGCUCGUUCUGCCUAGUCUAUCUUCUUCGUGGCAAUCGAUAUGCGAAGGGAAUUACAGCAAUAGAGCCUUGUGGAGUGGGAUAUUGGGUUCUCUCAUCUCUCCAGAUUCCUCUUGCAAUAGUUUACACAGCCUGGAUUGUAUGCAGAAAAGAAAACCAUCAACACCAAACUUCAAACCAAAAGGUAAUACAACCAAUAGGAUUAACCCAAGAGAAUAUUGAGGAGCUGACUAAAGUUGAACCAUUAAACAAGCUAGUUUUCCCACUAAUGGCACUAUUAGCAGGGAUAUUAGGGGGUGUCUUUGGGAUUGGAGGAGGAAUGCUCAUAAGCCCUCUUCUUCUUCAGGUUGGAAUAGCACCUGAGGUAACGGCUGCGACUUGCUGUUUCAUGGUGUUUUUCUCAUCUUCCAUGUCCGCAUUUCAGUACUUGCUCUUGGGCAUAGAGCAUGUAGAUACUGCACUCAUAUUCGCCGUCGCUUGUUUUGUUGCCUCACUUCUUGGACUGGUAGUGCUGCAGAGAGCAAUCAAAGUUUAUGGAAGGGCUUCUCUCAUUGUAUUCUCAGUCAGCAUAGUGAUGGCUUUGAGUACAGUUUUGAUGACAACCUUUGGGGUCCUUCAUGUAUGGAGUGACUAUAAAUCUGGAAGAUAUAUGGGCUUCAAACCACCAUGUUAAAUGUUAAUGUUAAUAGCCCCUGACAAAAUGAAAAUCUCAAUAACAAUUUUUCUAGUUGCU